CUGUGUGUGGUCUGAGCUCCCGGUGUGUUGCACCUGUCCUCCCGUCCGCUCGUCCGAAGAAAAGAAGAGUUGAUCACCGUCCAAAGGGUCUGUUGAAACCUCCGCCAUGCCCAGGAGGGCUUCUGUGCAGAAGUCGACCGCGAAACUGUUCUCCAUAUGUGAGAGCAGCUUGGAGGAAUGCGACGGGGAAGGGGAAUGGGGCGAGAAGCAGAUGGGAGGAGAGGAGAUGAUGCGAGGAGCAGAAGGAACUGCCAGUCAGCCAGUGGGAACGCUACGGUAUUUUGAAUGGAGCCGGAGGAACCCGACGUCUGAGAGUUUGCAACAAAAUCAUUUGGAGCCUUCACCUGGAAUGACUAAAUCAAUGGAGUCGGAGGAUGUUUCUGGAGGGAACUCAUUUAUAAAAUCAGAGAGACGGAAUUGCAGCUUUCCCCAGUCAGACCCGAGCAGCGCAGGGCAGGUUUUGGAAGAGUGUGGGGAGGUGGGCGAGGGUCCCAGUCCUUCAGUGUCCUCGCCCCUUGUAGCAGCGACGGGGCGGUGGGAGAGGGGAACGGGGGGUCCCGAAGGCAGCCAGAGAGAGCGGCCACACGGCGUCGCUUCAAGGGAGCCCAGCAAGUUAGACGCGCCCAUCCCCAGUAAGUUACACGCUCAGAUCCCAGCUACAAGACCACUGUCACAACCAGUAAAAUACAUCGUGCUCCCAAGUUACAGCUUUCCUAAUCCAAACCAAGCUAGUCCCCCGGUAGCUGCAGCGGGACACAACCUCGCAGCCUGGGUCGAAGAGAUUUUAAAUACCUACCUGGCCACAGUUGAAGAUACAGGUGACAGACUCUACAAGACCCCCGGGUCUGUAGGAUCACCACUCAGUACUUGUGGGCAAGUUUUAGGGGGCGAUUGUGGAUCCACCAGGGUUUUGUUAAGUCACCCCUCGGGUAAAGCAGCUCCUCCCCAAGUGACAAGGACUAGGUUGGAUAUCGGUAUCACACUGGCCACGGAAGGGGGGCAUGCGGCUGGCUUGGUUUCGGCAGACACGGGUGACGGGCGGAGACUAGGAGGAGCGGGCGAGGGGCAGAUAGAGAUGGCAGAGAGCGGCAGCCUGAACCCGGGCAAACCUGCGGAGCCAGUUGCGUCUCCCAGCGCUGAGGAAUGUCGGAGGUAUGUGGCGAAUUUCGAGGAGCCGCCCCUCGUUGGUUUCAAUCAGCUGCAAGCCUCGGGAAGAGACAAGCCCUCGCCGACGCCGACACCUGUCCACGGACACGUCUCACCACGUCUCAGCCCCCGGGACCCGGGAUUUAGCCGCUUCCUAUCGCAGACGCCCGCUGUCCGGGCUAACAGUAAACCAGAUCGACAGAAGCCGGCCAGCCUGCCUGAGCCCCUACAGCAAGUAGGGGGGUUAAUAGUCAGCUGCAACAAAGUGGAAAGUGAUCCCAAGACAAUGAGCACCAACAAUGAAGUAGGUCCUCAAACAGACCAGCACCUAUCCUCUCAUGCGCCUUCUCCGACCUCAGGCUUUCCACAUGCUGAAAACAGCACAGUGCACCAAAAUGGUGAUGGAGUGAGUGAAAGUACACGGCAGACAAGUAAAGAAGAUCUGAACAAUAAAAUGUAUAAAGUACUCAUUAAGGAUGAAAUUAUUGUCAAUGGAAGUGACCCGGCUGAAACGAAGGAAAACAACCAUCAGAAGGUUGGCCGUUUGUCGUACAGUUCAACACUGAGUGAUGAUGUGGGGAACCAGAGCAAAGUAGAUUCACUCACCUGUAUCAGGACAAUUGGAUGUGAUCUUACUCAGGAGUCUAUCGAAGAGCUUCAAUGUGAUGAAGCCAGUGCUUUGCAGAAUGCAAAUUCUACUGGACAUUCUCAGCAGAUGGAUACUUUGUAUCCACAGAGCCCUAAGCAGAAUGGUCUUUUUGCUGAAGCGGUUACCCCUCCAAGCUAUGUGCACCGUGCAUCUGGAACAUUAAACUUGAAUUCUGUGCCACAAUCGAUUGAAAGCUCCCUCUUCAAUCCCCAACAAGGGUCACAACAAAGUGCUCUAAAUUUCCCCACGGACUCCGUGAACGUGCAUGACACUGAAAUGCCAGCAAACAGUUCACAAAGUGUGCUUUUGCAAAAGCCUAUGGGGAUCGCAAAAGACAUCAAGUUUGAAAGCUCCUCAGUGGUCAAUGCAGAAUCUCAAGCACAAACACUCAAAUUAGAUGAGAAUAUUGGAGAAGGAAAUAGUGGCCAAGAGCUUCAACCAUCUGGAAACCAGCUUAUAGAUAAUCAACUAUCAUUGAAUGAUGACUUCUUUCAAAAUAGAAUGAAGAAAAGGCUCACAAAUGCCAGAGAUGACCCUGAUAAUCAGUCAGAAAUAGACGGGUUUGUAGACACCAUUCGUAGCCUGGAUGUUCCCAUUCUCUUGAAUCGCAAUAGAAAUUCAAGAAUCCAGAGAUCUCUUUCCCUCACUUCUCCCGUAUCCACAUUGCCUCCGAUUAAAGAGGAUCAAACUGAUUCAAAGUGUUUUCCAUCAUCACCAAUCACUGAGGGGCCACAGCAGCCAGCAGAGUCUGUGGCCAUUGAUGAAAUACUUCAGGCCAACUCACCCAUUAAACCAGUUUUGGAAAUUCCUAAAAUGGAUUUCACAAAGAGAUUGACGAAGAAAGAAAAUAUCACCCCUGGGCAAAUGAUGCUGCAGUUUAAGGAGAAGCCCAAAAUUGUUGUACCUCGUAUUUCUGCAGAGAGCAGCGUAGUCUUCCAAUCCUCUCUUCCAAUCCUCUCUUUCAAUGUAGACGGCACUGCUAAUAAGGAAGACACUGAGGCCCUUAGUGGAGACGGCCUUCGCUCUCGAAUUAGCAACAGCGUUUUGUUUUCCACUUAUCGGACGCCUCUAGAAUCUUUUUCCAGCAAGUCACUGGAUUUCAGCCUAGGAUCAGUGACUAAAAGUCGAGUCAGUAAACCGCCAACAACGACACAAAACUCUGUGCUGAGAAGUUGGUCACAAGACAAUGUUCCCACAACAACUGUAGCCUUGGAUAAAUUAUCAACACCCAAUUUCCUUGCCAACUCUUCCAAUGGAAGCAUGGAUGCUGGAACGGACAGCCUGCCAUUCAGCAUCUCAGAAAGAUUGCUACCUGGGUACUCUCGCCUGUCAGAUAGUGGAAGGGACCUUCGAACGCAAAAAAUGUCUCAACCUUCGGAAAAAAAACCUGGGAAAUUGACCGCUUUUCCAGAUUCAUGGAAAUCAAAACCAAAAGAACAUGAACAUAUUAACCCGCGGCCAGGCAAGAUCGUCAUUUAUGACCAGCAAAACUUUACCGGUGUCAGGAGAGAAAUCAGCUGUGACGUCGCUGAUUGUUCGACUUGGCCGUUUCCAGCCGUCAUCUCGAUAAAGAUUAUUCGUGGGUGUUGGGUGUUAUACGAGGAGCCGGACUAUAAAGGCAAGAAGGUCUUCCUUGCGGAGGAAGACAUAGAAUUGACGGACCCCUGGGCAGAUCAAAUGGAAGAGGAUGUGGUGGAAAAAGAGACUGAAGAACAGGAGUCCAAGCCACCACCGACCAAACCCAUCGUCAUCGGCUCCGUCAGGAGAGCGGUCAGGGACUACUCAACACCACAAAUAUCGCUGUUCUCGGAGGAAGACGGAGAGGGGAAAAAGAUGACGUUUUAUGGUGAAUCUGAGGAUAUUCGAAUAUUUGGCUACCCACCAAAAAUCACCUCCAUCACCGUGAAUUCUGGACUGUGGUUGGUGUACUCCGAGCCUUUCUUUGAAGGGAAGCAGCAUGCGUUGGAAGUGGGUGGUUACCGCACACUGCAGGAAUGGGGAGCAGAGAAAGCACAAGUGGGGUCGCUGAUAUCCCUACAAAUGGGUGGACCCAGAGUGGAGAAUCCAUUUGAAACAAAGCUCAUCGUCUUUGAGCGAGCUUACUUCGGGGGGAGAAGCAGGGAAGUGCAUGGAGAUUCCACAGACUUCCUGUCCCGAUACCCCAACAACGGUGCGCCCCUCUCUAAUGCAGGAUCGAUAAAGGUGUUUGGAGGAAUUUGGGUUGGCUACUCGAAGGAAGGAUUCAGAGGUCACCAGUAUCUCCUGGAGGAGGGCGAAUACUUGGACUGGAGGUCAUGGGGUGGCCACGACGAGGAUCUCAAGUCACUGCAUGUAAUUCGGGCGGACUUUUCCAACCCGAUGAUCACUCUGCACCCAGGAAGCAAUUGCGAUGGAGAAGAUUCAAUUGAAGCUAUUGCUUCAGUCCCCGAUCUGGAUCAAGAUGAUUCUGGGGAAAUCAUACAAUCCAUUAAUGUACUGAGUGGAGCCUGGGUGGCCUAUGAGGGUGCCAACUAUUCUGGAGCUCAGUACAUAGUGGAGAAAGGACUUUACCGCAAUCUUCAAGAAUGGGGUGCUCAAAACUGUAAGAUCACCUCUCUGCAUCCCAUCCUAUUGGUGGAGGCAAAUGAUCUGCACUUCAGACUAAAGAUCCAGAUCUUCUCGGAGAACAACUUCACUGGACGAACCUUGGUUUUUGAAGAAAAGAAGAUAGGGAUCCCAAAAGAGUUUAAGCUUCAAUCCUGUAGGGUCCUAAGUGGCAGCUGGGCUCUGUAUGAAGGCCAGGACUACGAUGGAAGAGUCUUUGUGGUUAGCGAAGGAGAGUAUCCAGACCUCCCAUCGAUGGGCUGCAGAAUGACUACCCACAUCCGCUGUGUCAAGGCCAUUCCACAUGUCUUCUCCCAGUCCUUAAUCACUCUGCACGGUUUGGAGAACUUUGAAGGAAAGGAGAUUGAAUUGGACUCGGAAGUGAAGGAUCUUGUCUCCGAUGGUUACAACAAUAUGGUUCUGUCUCUCCAUGUCGUUGGUGGAGUGUAAGUAUGGAGUGUAAUU